AUGGAGCGUCCAGACUUGGGACCCGAUUAUGGUGGCUGGCAGGCACUAGACUCGACACCACAAGAAAAAUCUGAAGGCAUGUUCCGUUGCGGUCCAUCAUCAGUAAGAGCAGUUCGCGAUGGAGAGAUACAUAAACCUUAUGAUACUGCUUUCAUGUUCGCAACAGUCAAUGCUGACAAGUUAAAAUGGAAAUUCUGUGGAAAGAACCAGCCACUAAAGUUAUUGGAAAUAAACACCACAUGGUAUGGACAAAAGAUUGUAACGAAAGCUGUCGGAGAGAUGAAAUGCGAGUACCUCACAAACACGUAUAAAUAUCCAGAAGGAUCUCGCGAAGAACGUAUGACAAUGGAGAAGGCUCUGCGUAAGUCUGAGAGCAAAUACGCGAAGGACUACCUCAACGCGUUGUUCAAUGACGUCACCUUCGACUUCGAUCUUCAGGACGACAUUAAGAUUGGACAGGACUUCAAUGUGAUCUUACACGUCAAAAAUCGUACAAAUCAAUCACACCAGGUGCAGGGUAACCUUCGUGUAGACACAGCGACGCGUACAGGAAAUACAGGCGAUGAAGUGAAGAGGUUAGAGUUUGAUAUUAACCUUAAACCCAAAGGCAAAGAAGUCAUCAAGAUGCUGGUCACUUUCGAUGAUUAUUACAAGAAGCUGGGUGAUCAGGCUUCCUUCAAGAUUGCUUGCCAAGCUACAAUCGUGGACACAAAAUUCGACUACUUAGCACAACAUGACUUCAAAGUUCGUAACCCUGAUAUCAAAAUCAGUAUUGAUGGAGAACCAGUGUCGCAUCAAGAGGUCAUUGUUAAUGUUAAAGUGGAGAACUCACUGCCUAUCCCACUUACUAAGGGCAAGUUCUACAUCCAAGGGCCCGGCCUGGAUGAACAACUUGAAAUUGAGCUAAAAGAGAAUGUGGCGCCAGGAUCGUUUGCAACUGCUCAGUUCAAGUUGAUGCCACCGUGGGCAGAUCACGACCGGAUUUCUGCCAAGUUUACAUCGAUGGAAAUGAAGGACAUUGAUGGAUUUUUGUCCUUGGUAGCAAUGCCUGCCGCUGCUACAAACGGCCUGGCGCGUGAAUAA